AUGACGGACGAAGGCUCCCAUUUCAACCGGAUUAAACAAACUACACUGUAUAAAACUGAAUAUUGCCGAAAUUGGGCCGAACUAGGUCACUGUCGCUAUGGCAGGAAAUGUCGUUAUGCUCACGGUGACAGCGAGCUACGAACAAUCCCAAGACACGAUCGUUACAAAACCCAAAUUUGUCGUGCAUACCAUGUCGAAGGAGCCUGCCCUUACGGAACUCGUUGUACCUUCAUUCACGAUAUUGAUCGCCCUUCGUUCUCGUUUGUCAGAAACGAAUCCCGCUUUUUCGCCAACCCUGAUCGGCCUAUCUGGAAUUCCAAACUCGGCUUGGUUAUCGACCACCCGAUCUCGAACACACCUGCCGCAUUGCCUCGCAUGAUUAGCUUGUACACAGCAUUCGCUAAAUCACCUUUCAAACGACGUUACAGUGGCAGUAGCAGUUCUUCAUCGUCCUCUUCAACCGCCUCCUCCUUUUCUUCCAUUGGCUAUAGCAGCAUUGAAACCGAAGAGGAAACCAUACUUCCAUGGAUAAAGUAUAUCCCUUGA